AUGCUUAUCCCCAUUCGCUGCUUCACGUGUGGCAAAGAGAUUUCUAGUCGUUGGGAAGAGUACACUUUACAAACAGCCCAUUCAGAUAACAAAGCUGAAAUCCUUACCAACUUAGGGUUUAAAAGGCCCUGCUGCCGGACUGUAAUGCUUACUACAGUAGAUAUUAUGCAAAAGAUACUUAAGUUUGAAUAUCCCCAAGAAACACAAGAGCCUACACUUUAA